GCUGCACGUGCUCUGCCACGAGUCGUCAAUGAGGGUGGAGCUGGAGAGAUCCAAGCUGCCUGGACUCCGUGAUGAUCAGCUGCAGCUCAGUGAUCCUGGAAACACUGUGUGCAGCCUCCAGACGCACUCAAACAGCACCCACGUGGUCGCCGUCGUCCCCCUCAAUGCCUGCGGCACGCAGAUCGAGGAGGAUGAUGACAACCUCAUCUUCAAGAAUGAACUCACCACUGUGGAAACGGCUGGAAGCCUCAUCACCAGGAAGCACAUGUUUGAAGUGCAGUUCUAUUGCCAGUAUCCAAAACGUGGAAAUGUGACACUGAGUUUCACCGUGCACAGGAAAAAUGUCACCAUAUGGGAGAGAGGCUUUGGCAUGUUCACCUACCAGUCUGAGUUCUACCCCAAUGACCAAUUCCAAAUCAGGAUUGAUCCAAAUUCCUACCCGCUGGAGUUUGAAAUUGGGACGCUGAUCCACAUGCAGAUUGAAGCCGUUUCUACCGUCAACAACACGGAGCUGUUUGUGGAAUCCUGCAGGGCUUCACCUUAUGACAACCCAAACUACCCAUCGACCUAUGUCAUCAUCGAAAACGGCUGUCAAGUGGACCCGACUAUUAAAAUCCAUCCACCAGCCCACAACAAACAAUUCCGAUUCAGCAUGGAGGCUUUCAAAUUCAUCGGACUGCACGACCUGGUGUACAUCAGCUGUUCAGUCAUGAUGUGUGAGGCAGGAAACCUCGACACCAGGUGCUCACAGGGGUGCAUCAAGUCCAACUCCACAAACAGUCGUCCAAAGAGAGAAGCUGCCAUCCAGACUGCGAGACACUUUGUCUCCCAGGGUCCUCUGCGUUUACGAAGGUCAUCAGAACGUGCACAAAGCCCGGUGACCAACCUGAACCUGAACCUGGUGUUCAUCGCUGGGUGUUUUCUAGCAGUUGUUGGUAUGAUCAGCGCUGCAGUCGUGCAUAAAAGCCGAACGCCAAAGAUCAAAUAUCAGCUCCUGCCAGCAGCAGAGAAUUAGAACACCAGUCUGUUUGUGUGCAGAAAUGUAGAUUUAGAUUUUUAGAAUGACUUGGAUUCUUUGGUUGAAGGAACUACAAGUUUUUAACAGCAGGUUUCAGU